AGUGAAGCACUUAUGUGACGUACUGGAGGAUUCACACUGUAAACUGGAGAGAUUGAGUUUAAGCUGCUGUUAUAUGACAGAUGAAGGAUGUUCUGCACUAACUUCAGCUCUGAAAUCAAACCCUUCACACCUGAGAGAACUGAACCUUAGUGGCAACGAACUAGGAGACUCUGGAGUGAAAAGCCUCGGUGAUCUACUGAUGAACCCACAAUUCAAACUGGAGAAACUACAUCUGUGUGAAUGCAGUAUUAAAGAGAAACAGUGUUUCAUCUUGACUUCAGAUAUGAAAUCAAACCCAUCACACCUGAGAGAACUGGACCUCAGUAGAAAUGAACUAAAAAACACAGGGGUGAUUCACUUAUGUGAUGUACUGAAGGAUUCAUGCUGUAAACUGGAGAGAUUGAGGUUAAGAUACUGUUAUAUGACAGAUGAAGGUUGUUCUGCUGUGACUUUAGCUCUGAAAUCAAACCCAUCACACCUGAGAGAGCUGAACCUCAGUGGAAAUGGACUAGGAGACUCUGGAGUGAAAAACCUCUGUGAUCUACUGAAAAAACGACAAUGCAAGCUGGAGAAACUAGAUUUGAGUAAAUGCAGUAUUACAUACGAGCAGGGUCUCAUCCUGACUUCAGCUCUGAAAUCAAACCCAUCACACCUGAGAGAGCUGGACCUCAGUGAGAAUCAAAUAAAAAACACAGGAAUGAGUCAAUUAUGUGAUGUACUAAAGGAUCCACACUGUAAACUGGAGAGAUUGAGCCUAAAUUUCUGUGGCAUUACAGAUGUUUCUUCUUUAACUCAGUCUUUGACAAACACAAAAGCACUGCAGUUUCUAAAAGAGCUUGAUCUGACAAACAAUAUGUUUGGAGACUCAGUUAAGCUGCUCAUUGAUGUGCUACGAGGCUCAAACUGUAAACUAAAACAGGACUGUGAACAGUUUUUGUUUAGAGCUGCCACAAAGCACACUGGUGGAGCAGUGAAGUGAAGAGUCAAUCAUCAGAACAGAGCGGA